AUGUCUGCGUCCAGCAGAGAGCCGGCCGCAUCCCGUGCGCAAGGAAUGCAGGGCGCCACACCUGCCACUCCCGGAGGUGGCAAGCUGGGCACGCUCUCCGUCAGUGAGCUCCGCACCGCAAUGCAGCAGCACCUCCGCUCCACAGGGGCUCUGCGUGAGCUCAAAACGCAGCUGCGUGGUAUGGUGCUCGCCGAGUUGCUACAACAGCCCAAGACGGCCAGGAUGCUUGUACACGGGGCGUCGCAGUCGGUCCCACCAUCACCAGGGGAAGGCCAGGUCAGGCUGGAAGACAGGAAGCCUUCCGCCACCGGGUUUCCUGGCACUCCGGCCAUUGCUGUAGUCUCGGGUCGCACAGACCAAACCCUGCAGACCUGGUCAUGCGGCUUGGCCGACGCCCUCGUUGAGAAUCACCUGCGUCGCACGAGGCGCCCCAUGUCGCUCUCCAUCUUCAGCACGGAGGCCGAGGUACCACCGUUCAGUGCGAGCGGCGCCCCGUCGGAGGAGGAGCAGUAUCUUGCCCACUUCUUCCGGCAAAUCGGCACUGGUGCAACUGCCAAUCCCGAGGACGACAUACUCACCCCCUCUCCGUCCCGCUCUGCAAAGAGUGUGCUGCAGCGACUUGUAGAGGACUGCGUGGCGCGGCAGGGCCUCGCGAGCACCGCGGAGGCGACACGACACCUGCACAGCUGCAGCACCCAGACUGAAGCGGCCGACAGCGCCGACGGCGCGGCGAACUCUCUCAAUUCACUUGAGUGCCGCCUUGCCGCCGUUGAUGCCAAGUAUGCACUUACCUUUGCUCAGCUCAAGCGGACCACUGGCGCGGGGGAGCAACCUUUCUUUCUCCGCUCCGAGGUGGAGCGUCGACUGCAGCAGUACAAGAACGACAUGCACGCGCAGCUGCGAAGCGAGUACGAGCAGAAGUACAACAACUUCAUGCGAGUCAAACUGCAAGAGGCACGUGACGAGGCUGAUGGACGGUACCGCGUCUUUGUGCAGAACAAAACAGAGGAGCUGGCAGAGAUGGAACGUAGUGUGCUCGUCAAGCUUGAGCAGGAGCGGCAGCGACUGAAGAUGGCGUGGGAGGCCGUUCACCAGCAGCGUACAGAGCUGGAGAGACGUCAGCGGGACACAAUGAAGCAGUUGGCGGACUACGACGCGGCGAAGCAGCGGAGUGAUGAGGAGCUGUACUCAUAUAAGGAGAGUACGCGCGCGCUGCAGCUGCAGUGUGCCAAGUGGGAAGAGCUCUGCGGGACACGGCUCAUGGAACUGGACGGCGCUCGCAGUCGUGAGGGGCGGCGUGUAGAGGACAUCCGCCGUCUGCAGGCUGAACAUGCGGCGGAGUUGCAGCUGAAGGAGGAGGAAAUCGGUCGUCUGCGCUACCGGCUCCGCCUCAUUUCGCGUGAGAACAACUACUCCCUCCCCGCAGAAGCGGCAGCUUCAGACCACCUAAAGGACAGAACCGACUCCUCCGCUGUACCGCUGGAACACUCCCGCACUGCAGCUGCUCCGGUCGACCCACAGCAACCUUACGGUCUUCUCACCCGCGCAGAGGAGAUGCAGCGAAAUGCUGUGGUACAGCAACAGGAGCGGUGGGAUGCAGCAUGGCUCGCUGCUGCUCUCUCCAACAACGCGCGCCAGCCCCAUACCCACGCACCUGCCACCGUGCCUCCUGUGCCAGUCACUACGGCGACGGAGACGCCAGAACGCGUCUUUGCGAAGCCCAGCAGCUCUCCAUCUGCGCUGAUGCCGCAGACAUCACUGUACCCGCUGCAAUCUGGUAAAGGGCAAGCCGCUCAGCAGCCAGAUCACCGCUCGGAGUCUCCGGAGAGCCGGGUGGUCACAGCAUCAGCCCUGGUCGCCACAAUCCCCUCGGUCUCCGCCUCGGCAGCUGACCUGGCGACUUCCUUGCCUUCUUCGCCGAAGGUAAACUCCCCAGAGCCGACAGCCAUCGCUGCGGUGGCCAAGCCUCCCUCGACCUCCUCUGACAAGGCCCAGCAAAGCAGCACCUCAUCGACGACAUCUGCCACCACGAGGGCCUCACUAGCACCGCCGUCACCUUCGGUAUCGCCCACGCGGGCAACUUCCCAGAAGCUGAAAAAUGCGCCAGUUGUCGGCGCCCCUGCCACGGAGUCAUCCACGUCGUCCAGCACGCGUCAGAGCCUGUCAUCACCCGGCGUACCGUUCAACGCUUCAACAACACCGGUUCAACCUAGUGUCCAGCAUGCAGAUGAUGAUGAGUACGAGAACAGAAGUGCCGCCGCGGCGCGCCUCAACGCCGUGGCGGCAGAGGAACAGAGUGCCCGUGGUGAAGUGCAGGCGGAGGAAGCAAGCGCACGUGGCAGUAUCACAUGGCUGGAAGGAAAUAGGCGCGAGCUACUGGUGGGGGAAUUGAAGCGUGCGCGCAGUGAAGAGGAUGGCAGCACCAGCGGUCCGGGCAACGGCGUAGCUCCUCGCUGGAAGCAGUUUGGCGACGGUGAAGGCGGUGGCUCUGCCGCUGAUCUGGGCUUCAGUGAGUCUUUCAGUAGCGACGACGAAGCGCUAAUUCACGACUCCGAUGUGGAUGAUUCGGAGUUCUAG